CAGCGGACUGUAAAGCCAGAGUUCACCGAUUGGAUUUAAAACCGCUGGUCGUGUGGUGUUUCGGGAUUGCUCGGUUCAUCUGUAGUAAAUCAGGUUUUAUAGAGAGACGGCCAGAGAUAAUCGUCUGUUGUUUCUGUGGGCUGAAGCUUUAGAUGACUGUCUGAUAGUGAGGUUGUGGAGAGGUAAGUCAUUUGCUGAUUGCAGGUUGAAUGAAUGGCUCAUUUGUACGUGAUGGGUGUUUGUGCGCAUGAGAGCUUUAACGCUCUCUUUCUUGUCUGUAUCAACUGUAAAAUGAUUUAUAAAAGGAUUCAAUAUUCAGUUUUUUUUCUGAUCAUAUUGCUGUCUAAGAAGAAAUUGAAACAUUUGUGAAUUGUUAAUCCCGCUUUUAUUUUACCCGCCUAUUAAUAGAAACCGGCAAAUGUGCUAAAAAUAAAAUAAUAAUAGGGUUGUUUGUAAAUAAAGCACUGCUGGACAAGUCUACAUGCACCUGCAGAAAGAGGUGCUGUGAUGCUUGACCUCUCUCUCUUUAGGGUCGGUGGGCGGAGUCUAGGUUAAAGCUUUACCUCGCUGCAGAAACAGACAGAUGUAAAGAGCAGAUGUUUCAUUUUUGCUUCCAGAGACAGACACAUCUGCCCCAUCUGCUUUCCCCACAGACAUUCUGUCCUCUUUUUCUCUCUUUUUAUCAGAAUCUGUUCUUUGCCUGCUGUUUGUUUGUUUGUUGCUUAUUGUACUAAAUAUCAGCACAGCUGUCCUCUUAAUCAUGUCAUAUUGCUUAAAUGUGUACUCAAGCUCAAUUUUCGGUUUGGUACACAGGGCACUGGCUGAAAGUGAAAUACCUUACGUCCUCACUCUCUCUUUUAUAUUCUCACUCUUUCUCACUCUCUCGUUUGUAAUUAUCUGACUCUCUCUCCCCUGUUCGUCUUCUGAGCCCUUCUGUCACUCUGAUUGGCUGUGAUGCUCUGUCAUAUGGCCGUCUGAUGUGCGUUGGUGUUUACAAACAGGCGUGGAUGACAGUGGGAUGCUGUCAGUCAGCUGAUCACAGGCUGUUCUUCAUUUCUCAUGAACUACAGCAGAUAUUAGGAGUUACACUUUGGUUGAUUAACACAGAUUGACUUGAUCUUUCUCCUGUUAAUGACGAGUUUAGGACUCAGAAACACCAUUUCUCCGGUUUAGUACUUUACAAACGUUUGGACAAGAGAAAAGAAGGGAAGGUGUGCCUUCAAGUGCCUGAUGGCAGUGAACUUGAUGUCUCAGUAGAGUCAGGUUGGACAGGAGGUCAUGGGGUCGGUUACGUUGGGAAAGGCUGCUUCACUUGAGCUGCUGCUGGAGGCUUGUAUUCAAGCAUUUGAUGAUGAUGGAGAGCUGCAUGACAGUCAGCUUCCUCGAACCCUUCUGCUGAUGCAUCGCUGGUAUGUGUCCUCCACUGAUCUUGCUGGGAAACUUCUGAUUAUGUAUCGCGACUGUCAGGGAGAUGACUGCCAACGGACAAGACUGAAGAUCUGUUACUUAAUGAGGUACUGGAUUGCAGAAUUUCCUGCGGAGUUUGACUUGGAUCUGGGUUUGAUCCGCCUCACAGAAGAAUUCAGAGACGCUGCCGCUCAGCUGGGUGGCGAUGAGCACAUUAAACUACUUGACAUUUCUACAAUUCCCUCGUAUGACUGGAUGCGCAAACUGACUCAGCGAAAGAAGCAGGUGAAGAAGGGCAAAGCAUCACUUCUGUUUGAUCACCUGGAACCCAUUGAACUGGCUGAACAUCUCACCUUCCUAGAGUACAAGUCCAUCAGGAGGAUAUCGUUCACAGAUUACCAGAGCUACGUGAUUCAUGGUUGUGUUGUAGAUAACCCCACAUUAGAGCGCUCCAUCGCCCUGUUUAAUGGCAUCUCUCAGUGGGUUCAACUGAUGGUGCUCAGCAAACUCACUCCUCAACACAGAGCCGAGGUCAUCAACAAAUACAUCCAUGUUGCUCAGAAACUGCUCCACCUGCAGAACUUUAACACUCUUAUGGCUGUGGUUGGAGGUCUGAGUCACAGCUCUAUUUCCCGUCUGAAGGAAACUCAUUCUCACCUCAGCCCAGAAGUCACCAAGAUAUGGAAUGAAAUGACAGAGCUGGUUUCAUCUAACGGUAAUUACUGCGCUUACCGCAAAGCGUUCGGUGAAUGUGAAGGGUUUAAGAUCCCUAUACUGGGCGUUCACCUGAAGGACCUGAUCGCAGUGCACGUGGUCUUCCCGGACUGGGUAGAGGACGGAAAAGUUAACAUUGUGAAGAUGCAACAGCUCUAUCUCACCUUUAAUGAGCUGGUGUCUCUCCAGAGCGCCGUGUCUCAGGUGGAGCCCAAUAUGGACCUGAUUUACCUUCUCACUCUGUCCUUGGACCUAUACUACACAGAAGACGAAAUUUAUGAGCUAUCGCUGCUCCGAGAACCACGUAACCCCAAAUCCCAGCCCACAUCACCCACAACCCCCAACAAACCUCUGGCUCCACUGGAUUGGGCUUCUGGGGUCACCACAAAACCAGAUCCUUCUGUGGUCAACAAACAUAUCAGGAAGGUCGUUGAUUCUGUGUUUCGUAACUAUGACCACGAUCACGAUGGAUACAUAUCUCAGGAAGAUUUCGAGAGCAUUGCUGCAAAUUUCCCAUUCUUGGAUUCCUUCUGUGUGCUUGAUAAAGAUCAGGAUGGAUUGAUUAGUAAGGAUGAAAUGAUGGCGUAUUUCCUACGUGCCAACCCCUUGCUGCAGUGUAAGAUGGGACCUGGAUUUAUUCACAACUUCCAGGAGAUGACCUACCUGAAACCAACUUUCUGUGAACAUUGUGCAGGAUUUCUCUGGGGGAUAAUCAAACAAGGAUAUAAGUGCAAAGACUGCGGGGUGAACUGUCACAAACAGUGUCGUGAGCUGCUGGUUUUAGCCUGUCGCCGUCUCCCUCGGUCCACCUCAAUGGGCAGCGUGUCACCAGGAACACUCACCCAUAGCUCUUUACCCAGCAGCCCCACCCUGCCCACCUGUAAAGAUGACGAUGAGGUGUUUACGUUCCCUACUCUGUCACCAUCAUCGAGCUCUGAUCUGGAGGGAAAAUCCAUCACACUGAUGACGGGUUCAGCCCAGCGGAUCUCAGUAAGGCUGCAGAGAGCCACCACCAGUCAGGCCACGCAAACAGAACCGCUGUGGCCUGAGAACGGCUGGGCUGCCGUGGCUGACGGCGGGUCACACACCUUCCCCAAGAUGAGGUACAGACCACACCGCAAACCAUCCAAGAGUAAAGGCUUUGCCCGCUGGGAGAACGACACACAGAUUUCAGGAACGAAUCGCACUCGUCGGGAGUCACAGGAGCAGAGCGAAGUGUCACAGCAGAACGGACUCACAGAACAGCAUAAGGACAAAACUGGAACGUCUGAGAUCAGCUGACUUGUCCGAAAUAUGGGCCCAAGCAGGACGCCCUGGAGGCGGUCAGGAGCACGGCUGAGAAGGCUCGCCUCUUUAGGGAGUGUGCUGGGGUGCCUCAUGCCUCGAGUAGAUCGGGAAUAGCGCCACUGUUUCCACAGCCUCAUCUGCAGUAGGCUGGGAGACAACCCGCUGACUGCACUGAGAAAGAAGAGGUCUGGGACUACACAGCAUACCUGCGAUGCUGUGCCCUCUUGCAAGGAGUUGGUGAUACUGGACUGCAGUGGACAGACUGGAAACGCAGUACUCAGUGUCAAUAUAAGCUGAUGUGAUGGAUACAUCGGUGCUUAGUGUAAUAGGUGUAUGUAAAAAGUAGAAAGAAUGUAGAACAGAAUGUAGAAAGGAAUUUUGUACAGAGAAGUUAUUAUUUAAGGUGUAGACAAAUGUGUAUUCAUAACACUACAAGAGGACAUUUUGAUUUUAAUAUCAUUUACAAGUUGUUUUAGGUGGCACAGGCAUGUGGUGAUUUAGAAAGAUUAUCCUAUCUAUAUUUAAAUAAAACACUAACUUUAUACGUUUGCCCAGCAACGUGUUAUGAUCUAAAGUGAAAGGUACGUAGACAAAGAUAAAAGAGUUGCCACAGAAGACCACUUAUCCAGAUCUUUACCCCAGAUAUAAUGCUAUAUAAAGUUCAUCUUAACUCCUUCUUUUAUUAGUUUCUUACAUGAUUUGCAACAAAGUUGAUGUAAACUGUAUACAGAUCCUGGGUGCAAGAUGGUUAAAGUAUAAAGUAUAGCCUCUCACCUUGUACAUCAUUACAUCAAUGUUGCUUAGCAACACUAGCAAUGUAAAGAUGACAUGGACUUCAUACAUCCAUAAAUGCAGAAAAAAGACUACUGACCCAGGUGUGCUGUCGGCCAGGUGUUUGCAUGGCCUCUGUUGCUAAGAGCACAGUGAUUGAGUUGGGCGGCUAGUCUGUUGCUACGGCAACUUGCAGACUUCAGCGUCCUUCAUUGACAUAUGUUCUAAAAUGAGUUUUACACUCAGGUGCAAGAUAAUAUGAUCAUUUUUGUGUGAGAGUAAGUAGCAAUACUGUACAUCCCAUAGGAUUCAAUCCUAUGGAUACACAACCAUUAUGGACUUAAAGGGACAGUUCACCCAAAAAUGAAAAUUCUGACAUCAUUUACUCACCCUCAUGUUGUUCUAAACCUGUGAGUUGCUUUUUCUGUUCAAGCUCACAUUUGACGAUACCCAUUGACUUCCAUAGUAUUUGUUUUUCCUAAUAUGGAAGUCAAUGUGUAUUGUUAACAUCAUUUAUUAAAAUAUCUUAUUUUGGGUUCAACAGAAUGAUAACUCACACAGGUUUAGAACAACAUGAGGGUCAGAAUUUUCUUUCCCUUUAAGUGCAGAUGUAAUGGUCACAAUUACACUUACGCAAUCAUAAAUGUUAUGUGGUUUUAGUCGAGUCCCACUGACCCAUGAUAAAAAUCCCAUGAGAAGCCUGUGAAAGCCCUUGAGAAUGUCCUGUUCAUAUAUCAUGAACCUUUUGUUAAUUUAUAAAUGCAUAGCAAUUGUUGUCAUUGUCAUUCUUCACAGAGCAUUAUUCUGAUUAUGUGCUUACGUCAUCUCUGUUGUCAUAGUAUAGUUUAAGUAUUUAUCUGUAAAUGCACUGUGACUGUUUAUCUUCUAUUGAAAGGUGAGUACUACUGAUAGUGUUUUACAUCUCAUUGACUAAAUCAUGGACUGCACAUUAUUUGGUUUUUGAUGAGCAUCAUAGCAACAGAAUUGAAUGUACAAACAUUACUGAGCCAGCCAGAGUGGAUCAAUUGAUUUUUGGAGAUAUGGCCAAUAACUGCUGUAAAAUGAUCAACCUUGUCAAUACUGUAUCGACUGUAGUAAUAUAAAUGUUUAUGGUUAAUAUCAUGUCUACUUAAGGCGUGCAUUUACUGUAUUAUGAAAAGUCAUACAUUUCAAUUAAAUAUACACAGCAACGUGAUUUUUGCAGUACUAAAUUCUCUGAUUCACACUGUAAUGUUAUCUGUGCAGUGUGUAGUGGCCGGUUGCAUAAAUUGUUUUAGACUUCAAAACUGAUCAUAACUGUUUUAAGUAUGUUACAUAAAAAGGUAUAUUGGUCUAAUUUAAAUCCAAAUAUUAAGACUGAUUAGCCCUAGUUGGUCAGACUAGUUUUUAAGACUUAAAGGUGAAAUGUGUGAAUUUUUGUGGCAUCUAGUGGUGAGGUUGCGCAUUGCAACCAAAGGCUUAGUCCACUGCUCACCCCUCACUUUUGAAACUCAUAGAGAAGCUACGUUAGCCGCCAAGGGACAAACAUGUCAUCAUCGGAGACUACUAAGUAAAAAAAGUUUGCACAAAAAGGCGACAUCCAUGUAAGGGGACCCUUGGUGUGUAGAUAAAAACAUCUUAUUCUAAGGUAAUAAAAACAUAAUGGUUCAUUAUGUAAGGUCUUUAUACACCCCUGAUCAUAUAGUUUUGUAUAUUAUUUUGCAUUUCUGUCAAGAAAUCCUUGUAAAAAUUACACACUGCACCUUUAAAGUCUUUGAAAAAGGGAGUCGACUACCAAAACACACUUGUAGCCAAUCAGCACUAAGGUGCGUGUCUACUAAACGACAUCGUUGCCUGGUUUGCGUAUGUGUGGGGUGGUUCUAUCAAAAGAAGGUCCAGAUUCUAUUGGGGUAGGGGUGUGUUUGUUUAGGUGAUUUCAAAUAUCAACAUUGGCUUUCAGAGAUCAUGCACCCCGCCUUUAACUAAGCGGCUAGGUUUAUGCAAUCGGCCACAGGUCAUCACACAAGUCUCAGGAGUCCCAGUGAAUAUAAGCUUGACCCACAAAACUGAAAACUUUGGACUGGAUCACAUUUUGUGUAAUUCGGUGCAGGAAAAUAACUGUAUCAAAGUCUGACAGAAAUGUAUUAUGAUUAAAAGUAUUUAAUUUACAGUCUAUUUUUAUGGAAAAGCUGGAUUUAAAAAUCUGAUUUAACUGUAAUUAUAUCAAUAAUGUGU